UGUGUCACCAGUGAAACGUAGAUUGGGCUGGGGCUAAUUUUUAUUACUAUCUAUUUGAUAAACUGCUUUGUAGAAAAUUCAGAUCACUGCAGCUUCUGCACAUUCUUAGUUAACGCAAAAUAUACCUGUACAUCCGUCUUAAGUAGUGACGAGAAAAGCAAGGCAAUGGAUAAAAGGAAACUAUCAACAGCCGGAGACAGUCUCUACCAAAUACUUGAAGUGCCCAAAACUGCUACAGCCGAUGAUGUCAAGAAAAGUUACCGAAAAUUGGCGUUAAAAUAUCACCCCGAUAAAAAUCCCAACAAUCCAGAUGCAUCGGAAAAGUUUAAAGAAGUAAACCGAGCACAUACUAUACUGAGCGAUGCGACGAAGAGAAACAUUUACGACAAUUACGGCUCGCUCGGGCUGUACAUUGCGGAACAGUUCGGCGAAGAGAAUGUGAAUGCGUAUUUCGUGGUUACGAGCACCUGGUGCAAGGCGCUGUUCAUCGUAUGUGGUAUUCUGACUGGCUGCUACUUCUGUUGCUGCCUGUGUUGUUGCUGCAACUGCUGCUGUGGGAAGUGCAAGCCGCGCCCGCCAGAAGAGUCGGGUGACUACCACACGCUGGAGCGCGACGACUCGGACGGCGUGGCGGCAGUGACUGUGCAGCCCGGCGGCGAGGGCCGCCCGUCCGGCAAGCAGGGUCCGCCGAUCGCCAUGCCGGCGCCUCCCGACGCUGGCUCCUCCGAACCGGCGCCUGCCUCCUAUGGCGCAUCGGAAAAUACUGGCCUGAACACAGGAAGCAGUAUUCCAAAGUACACGUGAAGUACCUAUUCUCGGCUAGUCUAACGUAUAUUUAAGAGUAAUGAAGAAAUAAAUUAACCAUGAUUGCGCACUGUUGCUGAUAAAAUUCGAGCCUUUUAUUAUUAAUUGUAAGUUAUAUUUUUAAUUUUGUAUAAUUAUUUUUCAACAAGAUUAUUCUGAUAUUACUUUUCUGCCUGUGGCUAAUCUGUAUGUGACAUUGUUUUUAAAAAAUAUAUACAAACUUUAUUCUAUCCAUUUAAAACACUUGGUUCUUAUUAGUUGCUUAUUUUGUAUGUCACUGAGGUAUCAGCGAGAAGAGAAAGCUAGCUUGAGUCAAAAAUGCCUGUCUGGUGCGACCAGUGCACUUUUAUAUCCAUAUAAAUGAGGCGAAUGUGUCCGAGACCACGUCUCUUCACACUUCUAUCAUUUUCUUGGUACCUACAGUACCUACUUUUCAACUCUGUAACCUACUUAAAUAUAUUUCUACGAACAAACAUUAUUAUUUAUUAGACAAGUAACCGUCAUGCCCAAGCAAGCCAACAUGAGCGGGAUACGGGCUAACACGAACAACGCUAGUGUGCGUCAUUGCGUAUAUAUUGCCUUCAUAUAAUAAAACUUAAGAAUAUUCGCAUUAUGUAAAUUGUCUCAAAUAAUUCUGUCACGAAUAAAUGUAUUAUUAUUAUUUUUUUAUAUGUAGGUGUAUGCUUUAUACGUAUGUUGUAUUAUAAGGGUCGUCUUACGUUGACGCCGAAUGCUACGUAGAGCGUCCAAUUGUGUACAAAUUUUACCCUGUUUCUGUACUAAGUAUGUGACGCUGCACGUAGCGUAGACUUAGCCCUAACCUAAUUCAACCACCGAAAACAGAUAUUCCUUGCAUAUAUGUGUUUUAAAUUGUUUUAUUCUUAAAACUUACGUCAAUAAAGUAUUAUCCUAAGUAUUGUUAA